AUGCUUCGGCCAUCUAUCAGACUCGGCGUGCGAACAGCCCCUGGUCGCGCGAUCACGCCUCUCCCCGCGCCUCUCCGUAUCGCGCGACCAGGGACGCACCUCCGCUACAACUCUGUCAAGCCGCCAAACGUCCCCACUUCCUCAUCAGGCGAGCCCGUCGCCCCAAAAGUCAACGCGCAUCUCGACCCAAAGACACAGGAGAAGAUUGAGAAGAAGCUGGGCAGAUUGGAGAGAUAUGCCCCCGCCCUCGCCCAACUAUCCCAACGAACAGGCGUCUCCCUGCCAGCAUUAACGGGGGCGUUUUUGGUUCUGCACGAGGUCACCGCCGUCGUGCCCGUGUUUCUUGUAUAUUGGAUGCUGCAUGCUUUGGGCGUUGGGGCGGGGUUGGUCGCCUGGCUCGCCGAUACAUCGUCCUCUGCCGACUCGGCCGACUCUGCCGACUCAAGCGUUCCGGUAGACCACGAGUCGACGCAGCAACCUGCCCAGGCUCCUCAGGCUCCGCGGUGGAAACAAGUGAUCCACGGGUGGUACGAAGAGGGCGCGCGUAAAGUCGAGCGAGUCGGAAGGCGGUAUGGAACUUUCGGGUAUGAGAAGGGGAGCAAGCCUGGCGAACAACCGGAUGGCAGGGCUGAGGCGAUCGUGACCCACGACGCGGGCGCUGUGGCUGAUGCCAUUGCUGCUUAUGUUGUUGUGAAGGUGAGUCCAAGGAUCUCUACUAGCACUUCACUCCUCUUCUGUUGCGAGGCCCCCUCCAUCGGGGGUCAGUGA